GCGAGGCUUGUGGAGGCGAGGCGGCGGCCAGGCCGGGCCGGGCCACAGGCGGCGGCAGCGGCAGCGGCACCAUGGAGGCGGCGGCCGCUGCUCCGCGUCCCCGCCGGCUGCUGUUCUUCAUGCUGGCGGCGGCUGCGACGCUGCUGCCGGGGGCGACGGCAUUGCAGUGUUUCUGCCACCUCUGCACAAAAGACAAUUUUACAUGUGUGACAGAUGGGCUCUGCUUUGUGUCUGUCACAGAGACUACAGACAAAGUUAUACACAAUAGUAUGUGUAUAGCUGAAAUUGACCUAAUUCCUCGAGACAGGCCAUUUGUAUGUGCACCCUCUUCAAAAGCCGGGUCUGUUACUACAACAUACUGCUGCAACCAGGACCACUGCAAUAAAAUUGAACUCCCUACUGCUGUAAAGCAGUCAACUGGCCUUGGUCCUGUUGAACUAGCAGCUGUCAUCGCUGGACCUGUCUGCUUCGUUUGCAUCUCACUUAUGUUGAUGGUCUAUAUCUGCCAUAACCGCACAGUCAUGCACCAUCGAGUGCCCAACGAGGAGGAUCCUGCAUUAGAUCGCCCAUUUAUUUCAGAGGGAACCACGUUAAAAGAUUUAAUUUACGAUAUGACUACAUCAGGUUCGGGAUCAGGGUUACCAUUGCUUGUUCAGAGGACAAUUGCAAGAACCAUCGUGUUACAAGAAAGCAUUGGCAAAGGUCGCUUUGGAGAAGUUUGGCGAGGGAAGUGGCGGGGAGAAGAGGUGGCUGUGAAGAUUUUCUCCUCCAGGGAGGAGCGCUCCUGGUUCCGGGAGGCGGAGAUUUACCAGACUGUGAUGCUACGCCACGAGAACAUCCUGGGAUUUAUUGCAGCGGAUAACAAAGACAAUGGCACAUGGACUCAACUCUGGCUAGUGUCAGAUUACCACGAACACGGAUCCCUUUUUGAUUACUUGAACAGAUACACAGUGACUGUGGAAGGCAUGAUCAAACUUGCCCUGUCCACAGCCAGUGGUCUUGCACAUCUUCACAUGGAGAUUGUUGGUACCCAAGGAAAACCAGCCAUUGCUCAUAGAGAUUUAAAAUCUAAGAACAUCUUGGUAAAGAAGAAUGGAACUUGUUGUAUUGCAGACUUGGGACUGGCAGUAAGACAUGAUUCAGCCACAGAUACUAUAGAUAUUGCUCCAAACCACAGAGUGGGAACGAAAAGGUACAUGGCUCCUGAAGUUCUCGAUGAUUCCAUAAAUAUGAAGCAUUUUGAAUCCUUCAAGCGUGCUGACAUUUAUGCCAUGGGCUUAGUAUUCUGGGAAAUCGCACGACGAUGUUCCAUUGGUGGAAUACAUGAAGAUUACCAGCUGCCUUAUUAUGAUCUUGUACCUUCUGAUCCAUCCGUGGAAGAAAUGAGAAAAGUUGUUUGUGAACAGAAGUUAAGGCCAAAUAUUCCAAACAGAUGGCAGAGCUGUGAAGCCUUGAGAGUAAUGGCUAAAAUCAUGAGAGAAUGUUGGUACGCCAAUGGAGCAGCUCGGCUCACAGCUUUACGGAUUAAGAAAACAUUGUCACAGCUCAGUCAACAGGAAGGCAUCAAAAUGUAGUGCUACAGCUUUGCCUGAACUCUGCAUUUUCUUCAGAUCUGCUCCUGGGUUCUAAUUUGGGAGGUCAUUUGUUCUACCUCACUGAGAGGGAACAGAAAGAUAGCACUUCCUUUUGCUACAGGCAAUGACAAUGAAAAGCUUCCCAGGAUUUCUUGGGACCCAGGAAACAGCCACUGGGGUCCUCUCUGUGCACUAUGAACACUUCUUUCCCAGGACGGUUACAAAAUGUUGUGUAGUCUACCUUUAUUUUUUAUUAACAAAACUGUUUUUUUUAAAAAUGAUUACUGGUCUUAAAUUUAGGCGACUCUGCUGCGCUGAAAAUCAUCUUGAAGGGUAAAGGAGCUGGAUUGCUGAGUCCCACAGACAUUUCUUAUUUUUAAAGAACGUGACUUACUCCUGGUUAGUACAUUCUCAGAGAAUUCUGAACCACUAUAGAGUUUCCUUGAUUCAGACUUUGAAUGUACUGUUCUAUAAUUCUUCAGGAUCUUAAAGCUAACACUUAUAAAACUCUUAUCUUGAGUCUAAAAAUGACCUCAUAUAGUGGUGAGGAACAUAAUUUAUGCAACUGUAUUUUGUAUACUGUUAAUGUUCUUUCACAUUUUCAGAACAACACAUGCCUUCAAACUGGGAUUGUACUAUACCAGUAAGUGCCACUUCUGCACCUUUCUAAUGGAAAUGAGUAGAAUUCCUUAAAUGUGUUGGAAUCUGUAGUGUUCAAAUUCAAAAAGUUUACUUAUCUGGAUAACCCAAACUUUCACUGUUUUGUUUUUUGAAAUGAUUUCUGUAGUAUGUUGUUCUGUAUUCAUUUUGGAAAUGCCUUUCUCCUACCAGAAUGUGUUUAAACCACUAAAGCAGUGAAGUGGCAGUAAGUUAGCAGAUUGCUAUCAUGGUCAUGGUUGAAUAUUCUCAUAUUAAGCAUUUGUAUUAUUAACUGUAUUUGUCUUAAGUAUACUUUAAAAAAAUCAAGUGGCACUCUAGAUGCUUAUAGUACUUUAAUAAUUUAAAGUUUGUAGCAUACAUACUAAUUUUUCUAAAGGGAAUAUUCGUCUGGCUGGUUGUAAAAAGUUGUGUGGUUAUUCUGUAAGCCAUUUUUUGUUUUUCUGAUCAAAGACAGUGUUAUUUUUUUAAGAAAUGGAUUACAUUUAACGUAAAGUUAAAUAAUAGGCCUGUUAUUGAGAAGGCAAAGGUAGAUAAUUUUACUAGACAACAGGUGUGUGAGUCACAUUUGUUAUGUGGGGGUGUUUUCUCUGUCUCUGACUAAAGGUAAAGUUAGUGUAGUAUUGAGGUCUCACUGAGCUUUGAGGAAGGCACCUUCCACCUGGUCUUUGUUCUGCAUGCGGAUACUGCAGCUUGGUCAUUCACAUGGCCACAUGAUGAAUUCAGUACACCCUUGAGACUGGGGAGCAGUAUUAGCUAAACAUUUUGAGUUAGAUACUCCUUUUACAGCAGUUUUUGGUCAAAUCAAUGUAUAGAGUAAGGCUUGUCAUGGUCCUCUCACAUUAGGUUGAAACCAGCUUCCAGUAAAUGGUUCUUACUAUUGAGUUUUUGCAGGGCACUUAGCGUUUUCAAAGUUCUUUUUAUCACUGUGAUCUUAUUCUGAAGGGAGAAGAAGCUAUUGUAUCUGUGAGGCAAGACUUUUGAGUUCAAAGUCCUAGCAGUUCCCUUAGAAGGGUCUGACAACCUUGACAGUAGAUUGGUCUGAAGAGAAAGUGGCUGAAUAAGUGGCGCUCUGAUAUAUCUCUUAUGCCUAGAGUAAAUUUGAAAGACUAUUUGGUCCCAAAGCCAAAGUAAUUUUAGAAUGAGUGACAUAUCACAUGGGAAGUUAGUGUCCGUUCCAUGCGUUUGGAAACAUGGGGAAAAUGUGCUUAGAAGUUAAUAAGUUAGUAUUUUGACUACAGAUUUGAGAUUUUUUUCUGUAGCUAUCAUGAUUUCAUUGAAGCAAAUGAAUAUGUUUAGGAGUUUGUUUUUCUAAUUACAUUCUAUUACUUGUGUAAUAAGCUCUAUCUAGCUCUAUAAUUAAUUACUUGUUUCUUUUGGCCAUUUCUAAGCUUGGCAAAUCUGCUUUAUAAAAAUCCAGGGGACCAAUGUAUUUUCUCACUGAAACUAUUUUUAUAUAAUUUUAAGAACAUGCCAAAAGUUAUCUGAUUCAAAGUUGCAUUACAUGAUUUCUUUCUUUCAUAUAAGGUAAUCAGCUUUUCCUGAAGAUAUUCUUUAUUAAAUCAAAGGUUGAUUUAUAGUUAUAUGUUCUUGUCUAAGUGGGAAAAAUGUACUUUUGAUGAAUCAGGGAAUUUUUUUUUAAAAGUUGGAAUUAGUUCUAAAAUCAGUUUACAGAUUAUUGCAGCUAAUUCUUUUUCUUUUGGAAGGGGGGCACAUAGGGAUGGUUUGAUAAGCCCCAAAUGGCUAUUAAUGAACGUGAAAGUGACAUAAAAGAAGAGGCAAAUGAUUGCUGUGACUGUAACUGCAGAUAUAUUGGACUAGAGUCAUUUCAAACACAAGUCUUUGUUAUGCUUGCCUAUCCUAAGAUGCUAAGACUCAACUUGAGAAAAAAAAAAAAUCUACCUACUGGCAAAUAAGCUGUCCCCAUUCAUUCUGUCAGCAUCCCAGAGAACAUGGAGUUCGGUGAGUGCUGGCACCCAGGUUCUUCCUUUAGAGCCUUAGCUCUGACCCAGCUUUGUCCAGUCUGCCUUCCUGCUGGUCUCUGUCUCAGAGGCCAUCGUGUCCUUCCCCUGCCUUUUUGGUGAAGAGCUGCUUUUGAAUUGAUUGCAGUUUGGAGAUGUUAAGCUUUGAGACUGGGUGGAUGAGGGUUGGGGCGCUCCUGCUGGAGCCAUGGAGGAAGAGUAGCAUGGCAAUACGAUGAGAGCCAGACCACAGGCACUGUCUGUGUCCAUUCCAGGGCAGAGUUAAGGCCUGCAUUCUGCUGUCCUGACAUUGUUCAGGAAGAGCCUCGAGUCGGAGUACAGUGUCAGGACCAUCAACAGCUCCAGAUUUUGGUUCUUAGUGAAGUCCAUGCUCGCACUGCUGUUUUCCUCUUUGUGUCUCACAGUGUCACAUGUAGACAGCUCUGUGAAACAAGAUGGAAAGGUACUGCAUAGAGAGACAGCAGAACCAGUACUGUCAGGGGUCUGUUUGUGUCCUUGUGCUGAAGGAAUGACUUCAAGUCAGCUCUUUUCUUUGGUGUCUUGAUCUUUACAGUUUCGGGGUUCCAAAUGGUGGAGAUUCCAAAUAAUGUUUCUGUUACAGCUCAACAGAAAAUGCCAAUUCGACUAUCUUGAGACCCUAAAGAAUAUCUGGGGUCGUGUCCUGCAGCUUCUUGUGUCUGUUUGGGAAUGCAGGCGUCUGCCAGGCCCCCCUGGGGAACGCUGGACUAUGAGAACCUCGUGAAGGUUGGCAGCACACCCAACCUCUCAAUCCCUCUUGCAAUCCAACUUGUAAACUUUCUCAAACAUGGCCAAUCACAUUCAGCCUGUUUUCUUCAAACAUCAAAAGAACUUCAGUGAAUUUGUUUUUAUUUUUUUAACAAGAUUUAUGUAUUGAAUAUCAUGUUUUGGUAUCCCUUGUUCACAUUGUGCCAGUGGAAUAAGAUGUUUGGUAUUUCUUUAUAUGUCAAGGAGAUGCUUCAAAAUGUCAAUUGCUUUAAACUUAAAUUACCUCUCAAGAGACCAAGGUACAUUUACCUCAUUGUGUAUAUAAUGUUUAAUAUUUGUCAGAGCAUUCUCCAGGUUUGCAGUUUUAUUUCUAUUAAGUUGUGGGUAUUAUGUUGUUUAAUUACUGAAAUGGUACUGUAUUGUUUAUGUUUGUGCCCCAAAUGACAUCAUCUGUACUUUCUGUUUUCUGUAUUUUAUUGUAUUUGUGAAAAAUUCUUUUUGCUUUUUCAGUGUAACCUGUGCCCUUUCAGACAUGUACAGAGAAUGUCCAAAUACAUUUUUGUUUAAUUGAAUGGCCUUGUAAAGAGGAGAGGAAACAAACUACAGUUGCCCAUAAGUUUUUAAAAAUUGUAUAUUGUAUUUGUAGCAAUUUUCCAAAUGAACUGUAAAUAGGAAAUAGAAGAGUGAUGCUUAUGUUGAGUCCUAACACUACAGUAGGAAAAUGCAAACAAUGCAAAUAAAUUACUUUUCCCGCCCCCCA